GCCGGGCCUGGGGCCUGAGCGGGGGCCAUGUCUGCACCGCCCGCCCUGCAGAUCCGGGAGGCCAACGCACAUCUGGCGGCCGUGCACCGGCGCGCGGCGGAACUCGAGGCGCGCCUGGAGGCGGCGGAGCGCACCGUGCGCGCCCAAGCCGAGCGCCUGUCCCGCCACGACCAGCAGCUGCGCACCGCGCUGGAGGAGCUGGGCCGCGCCAAGGACCGGGAGAUCUCAGCUCUGCAGGAAAGGCUGCUGGCAUGUGAGGCCUCGGUCCACAGCCUCCAGGCCGCCGUGCACCGGCGGGACGAGCUCAUCGGGCAGCUGAGGCCUCGGGCUGACCUGCUGCAGGACAUCUGUCGCCAGCGGCCACCCUUGACCACACUGCUGGCUGCGCUGGCCCAGGCUGAGCAGCUGGGGCCUGUGCCGGCCGGUGACCCCAGCCACCCGCUUCCCGGAGGACCCGGCCCACCCGUAGUCAACAGUACUGGGGAGGAGGGGGGUGAGGGUUACCUCGAGCCCGCCGUGUUUGGGACCACUGUGUGAGCUGGAGCGCGGGUUGCAGAAUGGACAGAGAGAAAGUGCCUUUGGGACUCGCCACUGCCCGGGGUGUCCUGGAAAUCACCGCAUCCUGCAGGCCAUGCUGGGGACACAGCCGUCGUCCUGCCCAAACAUGGAAAGAAGCAAAAAGCCAAGUUUUCAUUUUUAAAAUUGUUUUCUGCAGUGCUGGGGAUUGUAAAGACUUAAAAAAAAAAAACACACAAAACAACCGGGAGCCCACGGGCUGAACACAGUUUAGCCCAGACAAGUUAAAACAAACAGUGAAACUUUUCAUCCCUCAUUGUUGAAAAACUGGCAAUGUUUAUGUGAACACUGUGGAUUUUUUUUUUAGCUUGAGCCUGGGCAGUGUCUUCCUGAAUCUGAACCCUGGGUAGUCAGGCUGUGAGACUUGUUGUCCUUCAUGUCUUAGGGCUUGGAAGACUGUGAGGGGAGCCCUCUCCACCUCUGUGGACCCAGAUGGUACUAAGACCCACGUGGGUUGUGGGUUGAGUUUUUCUUCUAUCCCGCUCCUCACUAGCCCUUUGCCUUCUUGUUCCUCCAGAAUCAUCUUCAAUCCUUGGGUU